CCAAGACAAAACCACUCUUUGGUUUGUCCAUCAUGGCUGCGCCGUAGUUCAAUGUGAAAGUAAGCGAUCAUGCUGCCAUGAAGUAACCUUGCGUUUCGUAUAGAGUCACCGAAGUAUGUUGGAAUUUCAGCGAUAGCUCAGCCAGAUAAGUUUAUUUCAUAAAUGGCUUUCCGUGUGAGCAUCUCGAUUUUCGGGAAAUCUUUACGUGUUCCGAGAGUUGCUAACGUGUCUGCGCCACUGGAAAAUGCGUCACCGUUUCUCAGAACGGGAUGGGCUGCCCGUCGUCCAGGGACCAAUAAUGGACACGGUUUUUGCUUCACUCCUGCCUGUUUUAUUACAUCGGAUGCGUUUUUGAGCAGACUGGCGAAAGGCAAAGCGGCGGAGACAGAUGACACUCUUUAUCACUAUCCAGCCUCAGUUCUGCCCGACAGCGCUGAACAAUUAUCAUUGCUGGUGAAGGAUCCAGAUCAACCAGAGAACUCAAAGGUUUUAAGAGUGGCCAUCAUUGGUGCCCCAAAUGCUGGGAAGUCCACACUGUCCAACCAACUGCUUGGCAGAAAGGUGUUUGCUGUUUCCAAGAAAGUGCACACUACACGGUCCCGUGCCCUUGGCGUUCUCACAGAAGACGACACACAAAUUAUUUUACUGGACACUCCUGGACUCACUACACCUACAAAAGUCAAGAGGCACCAGCUAGAGAAGUCUCUCCUCGAGGAUCCUUGGAAUACAGUCAAGGAAGCUGGUCUUGUGGUGGUAAUGGUAGAUGUGUCAGACAAGUGGACCUGCAACAAGCUAGACUUUGAGGUCCUGAAAUGCCUGACCCAACACCCAGAUGUCCCAGCAGUCCUAGUUCUCAAUAAGGUUGACCUGCUGAAGAGCAAGAGCAGGUUGUUGGAGAUCACAGCAGAUCUGACAUGUGGAGUGGUGAACGGCCGGAAGCUGCAGGUCCGUAGGGUGAUCAAGCCCCCCUGGGCUGAGAGGAGGACAGACAGGGAGGCUAGGACGUCAGGGUCUGGAGAUGAGGACAAGCCGGGUGGGGAUGUGGCUCAUGGUGAGGGCAGUGAGGCCCAGUCAGGGCUGAGUAAGGAGCAGCUUAGGGCUCUGAAGACCCAACAGGGCUGGGCUCACUUCAAGGAUGUCUUCAUGGUCUCUGCUGUGGAUGGAGAGGAUGUGGAGACACUGAAGAGAUACCUAGUAGUGGGGGCAAAGCCUGGGACUUGGCAAUACCACAGUGAUGUCCUGACGGAUCAGACUCCUGAGGAGAUCUGCACCAACACUGUCAGAGAGAAGCUUCUGGAAUAUCUGCCCAAAGAAGUCCCUUACACAAUGACACAGGCCAUUGACUUGUGGCACGACAGGGAGAAUGGAGAGCUGGAUAUAGCAGUAAAACUGUAUGUGAAGAAAGAAAGUCACAUGAAAAUGGUGAUUGGCCAGGCUGGUCAGAUGGUUGCCAGGAUAGCCAGGGAGGCUGGAGACGACCUGAGCACAGUGUUCCUCAGGGAGGUCAAGCUGAGGCUCUCUGUGAAGGUGAAGAACUGACCAGGAUUAUGAUAAACUGAGUAUUAUGAUCAUCUGGGGGACAGUUUUAUGGUGUCCUUGUGAAUAGGAAAUGAACACUGUUGGACUCCCUAUUUUCAAGGAAAGAUCUGACUGGUUUCUACUUCUUGACUAUCAAAUCAAAGUUUAUUUGUCAUGUGCGCCGAAUACAUCCUUACAGUGAAAGGCUUACUUACAGGUUAUAACCAAUAGUGCAAAAAAGCUAUUAGGGGA